UGGGUUUCUUUUAGAUCAUGUAAUCAUGAAAAUGAAUUAAAAAACGUACUUAAUUUAGGAAUUAAAAGAUCAUUAACAGAAAAUAUAAAUAUAGCAAUGUCAGCAGAAGAAGGAUCAAAAUUCUGUGAACAUGUAGUUGUAACAGAAGGAACUUUAGAAUCAUGGAAUGAGCAAAAUGCUAUAAGGGGAAGUAUAGAUGCAAAAGAAGGAAAUGUAAUAGAGAUAAAAGAAAAAAAUCAAAAAGUGAAAUUUAAUGAAAGAAUUUUAGGAAUAUUCAAAAAUAAUUUUGAACUAAUUAUAUUGUUUGUUGUUUUUAUCUUAUCAAUUUUUUCGUUUAUAUUUUCUGUAAUAGAUAUUACAACUGACAUAUAUAUCUACUUUCCGAUUGAUGAGAUGCCCAUCUUAUCUAUUUUAAUUUUUUCAAUACUUUUAACUUACAAGGAAAUCAAAAAUAAACGUAAAAACAAAUUUAGGUAA